AUGGUACCGCGCUCCAGCGAUGGAGACGAGGCUCAGCCUCCGGCAUCACGCACUCCAGGUACACCGGCGAAAUCGCGACAUCCAAGACCAGGAACGAGUACAGGCAAGGAGGAAAGGACUUCAAAGUCAUCUGCCAAGGAUGUCGCAGAGCUCAAGGACUACCAAUUGGGUGACUGUCUGGGGAAGGGUGCCUUCGGUUCAGUCUAUCGAGCAUUGAACUGGAAUACGGGAGAAACUGUCGCUGUUAAGCAGAUCCGGCUUGCUGAUCUCCCUAAGAGUGAGCUACGAGUUAUUAUGCUAGAGAUUGAUCUCCUGAAGAACCUGGAUCAUCCAAACAUUGUCAAGUACCAUGGGUUUGUGAAGUCAGCCGAAACUUUAAACAUUAUCCUCGAGUACUGUGAGAAUGGCUCCUUGCACUCAAUUUCGAAAAACUUCGGCCGCUUCCCGGAGAAUCUGGUCGGACUAUAUAUGUCCCAGGUCCUCCAUGGGCUUUUGUAUCUGCAUGAACAGGGUGUCAUCCACAGAGAUAUUAAGGGCGCCAACAUCCUCACCACCAAGGAAGGUCUCGUAAAACUAGCAGACUUCGGUGUGGCGAGUCGUACUACUGGUCUCCACGAGAGUAGUGUCGUCGGUACACCCUAUUGGAUGGCUCCAGAAGUGAUUGAACUGUCCGGGGCUACAACAGCCUCAGAUAUCUGGAGUCUUGGCUGUACGGUGAUAGAGUUGUUAGAAGGCAAGCCUCCGUACUGGAAGCUACAGCCUAUGCCAGCACUGUUUCGCAUUGUCAAUGAUGACCAUCCUCCGCUCCCGCAGGGUGCUUCUCCGGCCGUGAAAGACUUCCUCAUGCAAUGCUUCCAGAAGGACCCCAAUCUUCGAGUAUCUGCUCGCAAGCUGCUAAAACAUCCUUGGAUUGUCAAUGCACGCAGGACUGAUUCAGUCGUACCGAAGAAGUCUACUGAAUACGAGGAAGCUGUCCGCAGUGUCCAGGAAUGGAACGAGGCUCUAAGGUCCCCUGAUACCGGUACGUUACGCCGGACGGUGAGGUUUGACCACAACAGCCCAGCGCCUGCUCGCCCAGACCUACAUCUUAUCACUCCUGCGAAGGACUCAGCAUCGACAGCUGUCUCAAAGAGUACGGCGGAUAAGUUUCGCUCACCCGAAGGAACGGAUGACAACUGGGACGAUGAUUUCGCAACGGCUAUCUCGCCAAGUGCGCUUAAAAUGCCGCAGUUCAAACCUCAGGAUAAUUUUGGUGGCAUGCUCUCCUCCGAGAAGCUCAAGGCUUUCGCAUCGCUUGAUGGGACCACAAUGAAGGACAUUUCGGAUAGUUUUGAUGAGGGAGAUUCCUCUAUGAGCCUUAGGAGCGCCGGUGAGGCUGAUCCUCUUCAGACUAUUCGACCCUACCUGCGCAAAGCUUCGGAUGAAGAGAGAAGUCUCCGGAGAAGUCCUGUGCGGCAUAGGCCAACGAAAAGCGCACUUCCUGCCAUCACGAGCGUACCAGUCAUAACUCAAACUCCCCCUCCUCCCCCUGCAAGGCAGCCUCGUCCCACUGAGUUCUAUUCGGAGAGCUCCGUCGAGGACUAUUCCGACCUGAUCGUCGAUGAUGAGGACGUCUUGGAGAAGAAACUAAACGCUUUCCAGUUUGUGGAUGAUGAUACCCCCCAGACUGCGUUGAUGGAUGCUCCUGAUCUCAAAGGCAGAGUGCGGACUUCCUUUGCACCUCCGGGCAACAGCGUAGACCCAAAGCCGUCGCUGAGGAAACGGCUUUCUGUCAAACGGACACGGUCAUCAAUAGAAAUACAAAAGUUUGCUGAAAAUGAGAAAGACGAGGACUUUUCAGAUAUCCUUGGUGCUGAGGAAGGCCUUCUGGAAAAGCCCGACAGCGAUGGAGGCUCUGAUAAAAGCACCUUACUUCUCAGCUCGAAGCUCUCUAGCAACUCCUGGCUUGGUGACCAGGACGAUGAGGAUGACCCCUUCGCUCAGCUUGAGGAAGGAUUUGACGAGAUGGAUCUCGAGGCUAACAUUGCCCGUGACAAAUAUGCUCGGCUCAGGAAUCAAGUGGAGGGUCUUGUUAGCUCAUUGAAGACUUCCCAAGAUGAUGAUGUUCUCGCCGAUAUUUCCGAGCAACUACUCACAAUAUUCUGCGAUCUUCCGGACACUAAGAACGUCAUCAUCAGCGCGCACGGAAUGCUUCCUAUCUUGGAGAUCCUGGAUACAUGUCGUCGUCGGGAUGUCAUUUCUAACCUUCUGAAAAUCGUUAACGCGAUCAUCUACAAUGACUAUGAAAUCCAAGAAAACCUGUGUUUCGUGGGAGGUAUUCCCAUCAUCAACGAAUUUGCUUCGAAAAAGUAUCCGCGCGAAAUUCGACUCGAAGCGGCAGCGUUUGUGCAGCAGAUGUAUCAGACGUCCACUCUAACCCUUCAAAUGUUCGUAAGCGCAGGUGGUCUCAAUGUUCUAGUGGAGUUCUUGGAGGAUGACUAUGAAGAUGAGCGGGACCUUGUUCUUAUCGGUGUUAACGGUAUAUGGAGCGUGUUCGAAUUGCAGGGAUCGACUCCCAAGAACGACUUCUGCCGGAUUCUGUCUCGAAAUUCUGUUCUCGAUCCCCUAUCUCUCGUUCUCAGCAGAGUGCUCGAUGAGGAUGGAGAGUUGGCUGAGAUUUGCGAGGGUCGCAUUGCCAACAUAUUCUUCAUCUUCUCUCAAGCUGAGAACCAUGUCAAGGAGAUGGUCGCUGAGAGAACUGUCCUGCACAGGGUCUUGAAGGAGCUAAGACGCAUGACCCCUAUACAUCAAAUUACGAUGUUGAAGUUCAUCAAGAACCUCUCCAUGCUUUCGACAACACUCGACGCACUGCAGAAUUCGAAUGCUAUCGACGUCCUAACUGAGCUGCUAAGAUCUACCAUGAAGGGCCCCCACUUCCGGGAGGUCUCUAACCAGAUCCUGAAUACUAUCUACAACAUGUGCCGUCUGAGUAAAUCGAGGCAGGAAGAUGCUGCACUGAAUGGUAUUAUACCUCUUCUGCAGAAGAUUGUUAAGACAGAACGACCACUCAAGGAAUUCGCGCUACCUAUUCUCUGCGAUAUGGCCCAUUCUGGAAAGGUCGGACGGCGAGAACUCUGGCGUAACAAGGGCUUGGCUUUCUAUAUCUCGCUUCUUUCCGAUCCCUAUUGGCAGGUAACGGCCUUGGAUGCGAUUUUCACUUGGCUACAAGAGGAGACCGCCAAGGUUGAAGAACAUCUUCUGGAUAACCGCCAUGAGAGGCCAUCCUUCACAGAUGCUAUUGUCAGAUGCGUAACGAUCUCCAAGGCCAACGCCUUUGAAAAUCUUCUCGAACCACUUCAGAAACUGCUGCGGCUAAGUCCCCCAAUUGCGUCAACCCUCGCUCGACCUGAUCUUUUCACCCGCCUAGGGCAGAAACUCCAUCACAACAAGGCUGCAGUUAGGCUUAACCUACUUCGUAUUAUCUCGAGCAUCUGUGACUCGAGCGAAGAGCAAGGCGAUCUCCUGGCACGAUAUGGUCUGCUCGACGCUAUCAGAGAAUUGGAGAACGACCCUGCUAUUCUAGUACGCGACAUGGCUGGAAAGCUCGUCAGAUCUAGCGAAAAGAGUGAUAGCAUGGGCGCUCCUAAGCGCAGGCCUCCUACCAGGCGGAGAAGCGGUUCUAACAGUUCUCCGAGUCUCAUAUCGAGCCAUUCGACGCCUUCGAGCCCUCAGGUUAGCCGAUCGAGCCAGUCUAGGGGCUAUUUAGAUCCACGUGAGACUCCGCGACACACCAGGAGCGGUCUCAAUGGCUCUGCGGGACUCAGGCCGACAAGUCGAGAUGGGAGUAGCCCUGUGUUCGCCCAUGGAGGCAGCGGUGGUCCAGCGGCAGCCAGGAAUCGGCUGCCGCGGGCAAUGUCCAGCAUGUCGAACCGGGUACCCCAGGUGGGAUCCCUGAACACGGACGAGUACAGGGCACCGGAGCCGUCGACUCGUCGCUUGUCGAUCGUCAAUUUGAACGGACGUCGGCGAAGGGCCAACGUGGACUCCGAGUGGACAUGA